AUGGCUGGCAUUGCACAACCUUUGUUUCCUCAUUCAUCGACGUCCUCCGUAUACGAGCAAUCCGACUCGCCUUCAGCUAUCUUUGACUUGCACGGCUUGCACAAUCGCACCGAACAAUCCGCUGCCACGAACACGAUCAGCCCAACCAAUUCAAGCACUACAAAUGUGACCAGCAACUUCACGAGCUCCAGCUCCUACACAAGUCAAGGGCUGCUCGCGAAGGAGCAUUUAUCGUUGUUCGAAAAAGCAAGACUUGUCAUCGGCGAUCACGAUGCAGCACAGUCCGUGAUCGAUGUGCAGUACUACUACCGUUGUUCAGGUCUGGUUGGUUCCUGCGUUCACAUUCCCUCGUUGAAGCGAACUUUGAACCGUCUGUUCUACUAUCCUGCCGCUUCUUCCAGCUCCGCGGAGAGCGUGGGCGAAGCGGAACUCGCAGUCCUCUUGCUGGCCCUGGCCUUGUCGAUCCAGUUUACGCCACGCGGAAUGUACGAGAAGUCGCAAUUGGAGUUCAUCGACGCUCUCGGUCCUGAUCUCUCCCCGGUCGAACGACAACACGAACUCCAUUCUCUCGCAAAGGCCAUACUGCAACGACUAAUGUUCAACUCGGAUGCAUCGCUCGCUCAAGUCCAGGCGUGCAUCAUGAUCGUCGUCUACGACUUGGACGACACUGGAUUCAAGGAUGGGAUGCUAUGGAACGCGAGGUUCUCGAUCGAAAGAUGGAUGAUGCACCAGAUCAUCUUCGUAACCAUGCUCGAGUUCUACGAGGUGCCGCAACGCAUUGGCGAGCCCGUGUCUCCGAUCAUGUUGGCGCUGGCAAACCACAUUUUGGACUUGCAAGGUCGAAUUCGACAUCACUGCGAUGUAGUUGACUCGCUCAAGGUCAACGUGGACGGGGCCGACAGCGACGUCACGGACAGAUUUUGGGAAGGCGUUAUGGCGUUCCUUGACAAGCCCAUGGAAGUACUCGAUCAGAUGUUUUAA